UCGUUUCUCUCUUAGGUUACUUCGUAGUAGCGGACUUCAGCGUAGCUUCAGAGGCGGGUCAGAAGGCGAAAAUGUACGGUCCCUCCUUCACCAGUAGCUCUCACUGCCUCACGUUCUGGUAUCAGUUCGAGACUCAAGACAUCAUCCUUUUCCGGGCGAUGGCCAAUGAUACGGAGGAGAUCAUAUUCUCUGCUGUUGGUGGCACGGGCAUCGAGUGGAGGUUCGGCGCAGGCCAGAUCAACGGUGCCAAGACAGGCCGCGUGAUGUUCGAGGCUUAUUCAGGAGAGACACGUUAUGGCUACAUUGCUAUCGAUGACAUCCUCCUUGACGAUUCCCUGAACUGCCCUGUGAAAGGUAAAUGUGACUUCGAAGACGGCGUUUGCGGGUGGACUAACACAGGUGACCUCGAGUGGGUCUUCGGCAAGCUAGAGGGUGAGAUGGGCCCUCUCACGCCCACCCACCUCAUGUUCGUCACGCCAAGGGCAGGCAUGGAGGGCAAGCAGGCCAUACUCACCUCACCCAUUCUCGAACCGGAUGCCAAUUGCGUCAAAUUCUGGUACAAGCGGGAGAAGGAAGCCCCGGCCUCGUUCGUGGGCGCGGUCGCUCCGGGACCUGAAAGCCCCGGAGCCCACACCCCGACGGCCAUGUGGCAGCUGCCGAGCACCGUGGGCGAGGGCUGGGAGCAGGGGCAGUUCCCCAUCAUGCCCGAAGCAGUCGACAGUCUUCAGGUAAAUAUGGUCGCCACCCGCUUAGCAGGCAGUUGGACAGAGGGCCACACCCAUGGCUUGGUGAGCAUGGAUGAACUCGAGGUGCUGAUCACGGCAGAGUGCCACCUUGUGCCACCUGAUGCUGUUCCUGUCACCACACCUGCUCCACCGUCUACUAUCCGCCCAACAGUCUCCCCUACUACCGCCUCGUGUGAUUUCGGAGAUCAGACUUUCUGCGAAUGGCGAUCUCAGCCUGGAGACGUUACCUGGAGCCUCUUGAACGGCAUAGUCCAAACACACUCCUUGGGGCCUCUUAGUGAUCACACCGCUCUCGAUGGGUAUUUCAUGACACUCACGCCCACUAUUGGAGACUUGAAGGGCGAAGCAACCCUUA